AUGUCCAAGCAACUAAAAGAAGACCGUCUUCCUGACGCCCUUUUUAAAACAAGGUUGAAUUAUCUCAUCUAUGAAACAUAUCAUUCAAAUGUUUUUUACAGGUAUCUUUGCCUAAUUGGUUCAGUUUUGAUUUUAUUACUUAUUCGUUGUAUCUACCAAAAUGCAUCAGAGGGAACUAUUCUUUUGUUAAGCUUUUUUGUUACGACCUUUUUUUUCUUUGUCACUGUACCUAUUGUGUCCAUUAAACCAGCAAUUGAAUUUUCAAAAAACCAAACCAUUCAGAGAGUAUUUUGCGAAGAAAUUAUUAGGAAUCGACCAAACAAAUAUGGUUAUACUUGGCACUCUGUUAUUAUCAAUCUGAAUGAAUUCCUAUUUGCUAAUGGCGCAUGGCCAACCAGAUACUGUUUCUAUGAUGAAAAAGAAAUACUUGCUCUUUACUAUAAAAUUGUCUACUAUAAGGUAAAAAACAUUAAGUAUGACACAUUUGCUAACCCAACCAAGGCGAAAGAAGAACCAAUUCCUGAUAUACUCAACCGUGUCUCAACGUUAAGUGGGUACAUUUUAGAGAGAUAUUUGCUAGCUGCUAUAAUCGUUGUAAACCAAGCAGAUAUUUGUGAUUGGCUCAAAGAAUAUGAGAAUUUUAAGCAGGAAAUGCAAGAUGACUGUGACAAAAUCUGA